UCCAUGUCAAAUUGCUUCAAUCCCAUGUAAAGCUCAUAAUAAUUAAACACAUAUCACUCAAAAGAAAGAUUCUUCACACAAUGGAUACCAGUAACAAGUCAUUAUUAGUGAUCCUGUUGAGCAACGUCGUCGUCUUGCUCCUCGCCGCCACGACGGUUCAAUCCUGCUCACCUUCCGAUCGAGCGGCGCUUCUAGAGUUCCGAGCUAAGCUCAAGGAGCCAUACAUUGGCGUUUUCAACACGUGGAAAGGUCAAGACUGUUGCAAUGGCUGGUAUGGUGUCAGCUGCGAUCCUACCACCCGCCGAGUUGCCGGCAUUACACUCCGCGGCGAGUCCGAAGACCCCAUUUUCCAAAAGGCCAAACGGAGCGGCCUUAUGACCGGUAUCAUUUCGCCGGCGAUAUGUAAACUCACUAGACUCUCCGGCAUCAUCCUCGCCGACUGGAAGGGAAUCUCCGGCGGGAUCCCUAGCUGCAUUGCGAAUCUCCCUUUCUUGAGACACAUAGAUCUCGUCGGAAACAAAAUCUCCGGCGUGAUUCCGGCGAACAUUGGGAUGUUACUGAGGCUUAAAGUGUUGAACCUCGCCGAUAAUCAAAUAUCCGGCGUGAUUCCUCCGUCGAUCACGAGAUUGACGAGUUUAGCGCAUCUGGAUCUAAGGAACAACAAUAUCUCGGGAGUCAUACCGCGAGACAUCGGGCGUUUGAAGAUGCUGAGCCGUCUGUUACUAAGCGGUAACAAAAUCUCGGGUCAAAUACCCGAAUCUUUGACCCGGAUCUACCGGCUCGCGGAUCUUGAGCUCUCGCUGAACCGGCUCACCGGUUCGAUCCCGGCUUCGUUCGGCAAAAUGUCGGUUCUCGCGACGCUUAAUCUCGACGGGAACUUGAUAUCCGGCGAGAUUCCGGGGACGCUGAUGACGUCAUCGAUAUCGAAUUUGAAUCUGAGCGGGAAUCUCAUAACCGGACGGAUACCGAACACGUUCGGACCGAGGUCGUACUUCACGGUGCUGGAUCUAGCGAACAACCGUCUACAGGGACCGAUUCCGGCGAGUAUCACGGCGGUGUCGUUUAUCGGGCACUUUGACGUGAGCCAUAACCGUCUGUGUGGGAAGAUUCCGGUGGGAUCACCUUUCGAUCACCUUGAUGCGACGUCGUUCGCUUACAAUACUUGUCUUUGUGGGAAGCCUCUUGGGAACUGUAAGAAAUGAUUUAAUUAAAUUAUUAAAAUUAUUUUAACAAGAUUUGGGGAGAAUCAAAUGUAGUUUGGUUAAUGAAAUAUUAUUACAGUAUUAUUACAAUUAUAAUUUCACGUUAUCAUGUAAAACUACUAGCCGUUUGAAAGAGGCAAAACAAAUAAGUAUAUCGUAUUUUCUUUGAUC